UUGCCGUCAAGCCGCUUCCUAGAGCAUGCUGGGAACGCGUCAAUCCUCCUGUCAAUCUCCGAUUUUMUAUACUUACUGAAUGAAGGGUGUGUCACGUCAUAAUCUUCAGCAUCACUAAACUGUUAUCGAUUUUCAACUUUAUCAAACAUGCUCCAACUUUGUAAUCUAAAUAUUGACGAAAGGAAAGGGUUUGAUGCAAUCAUUUGAUUCGUAUAGUCGUAAAGGCGCCGAGUAGGGUUACUCAGAUAGUAUCUUGGCUGUAUUAUAUGAGAGAUCUCCGGUUAACCUAGAUAAACUACCCCCUAGUCCACGCGUCCGUGUGUGGUCCCGUACGGUUUAUUGCCUAUUUGUAAACAAAUAUUGUGUAACAAAAGUUAUCGGCAGCAUAAACAGACUUAGUAGGUGGGCUCAUAUAAAGACUGGCAUCAUGUUAAACGCUGGGUCAUCCAAACCUUCAUCAGUCUGUUGAAACGUUAAUUCGUUGCCAAAGAUGUUUGCCAGUCCUAAAUAUUAUCACGUUCCUCAGCCUGCCUAUCUUUAUGGCCCGCCAACUGUUCAUUCUUGUACAAAUUAUGGCUGUUCUUUCGUGGGAUAUCAUGGUUUUGACACAAGAAGCUACUUUCCUUCGCCUGURCAUGGAUAUUUGUACCGUGAUUAUGAGCCUUUGCCCAAACCGCCGUACUCAUACGUAGCCCUCAUUUCCAUGGCUAUCAAACAAUCGAAAGACACGAAAAUAACUUUGAGUGGUAUAUACCAAUUCAUCAUGGAAAACUUCCCCUAUUACAGGCUCAACAAGAGGGGAUGGCAAAAUAGCAUUCGACACAAUCUCUCGUUAAACAAAUGCUUUGUUAAAGUACCGAGAGAAAGGUCUGAUCCUGGGAAAGGUUGUUACUGGACGCUAGAUCCUGCCUACGAGGAAAUGUUCGAAGAUGGGAACUUUAGACGACGAAAAAGAAGACAAAGAACGUACUCGGACCAGACACAGCUCAGCAAUGAAAAGACAGACUGUUACACAAAGGAAGAUCAUUCAGAUAGAACAAAAAAACUUGAAAAAUGUGAUGWAAAUGUGAUUGACAAGACACCAAAGUCAGUGUCUGUCGAGAAGACRACACAGAAAACAACCUUGCACAAUGCACAAGCAGUCAAGCACCCAUUCAGUAUUGAUCAGUUAUUGGCAAAUACUAGCAYAGACUUAUAAAGAGACUAUCACAUCAUAUGUCUGUCUUGGGUUUGUCUUACUACAGACUCACGAAGCAGUUUCUGAAUUAACUGGAUCUUGUAAAUAUAAAUGUUCACCAUACGGAUCAAACGGACUUUGUACAUUGAUUUGGUGGUUUUGUACAAAGUUAAAAAUAGUUACUAGAGCAAUAAGGUGGCCAUUGUUGGGUAAGAUAACAAUCUGCACACAGCUAUUUAUUGUAAGGUAUGAAGAUAACAAUCUAGAUGUUGUAAUUUUGUCUUUGGUACACUCUUGUGUGAAAUAAAAAGUURACUAGUCAACUAUUCAUCA